AUGGCGGAACUGUAAACUUCGGGACGAGAGUCCAGCGCCCCGUCCUCGCUCAGAAAUUGUACAUAGUUAUUAUUUAUUUAUUCCGCCGACUCUAUACACUCCCCCCCCCUCCCUCCCCCAGCUAUGACCCGUUGGAUUCCCACUAAGAAGGAGAAGUACGGAGUGGCAAUCUACAAUUAUGAUCCCAGUGGUGAGCAGGAGCUGUGUCUGCAGGUGGGGGACACGGUGCACAUACUUGAGAAAUUGGAAGGCUGGUACAGGGGCUACACACUACACAAUAAAUCACAGAAGGGCAUUUUCCCAGCUUCCUACAUCCACUUAAAGGAGGCUACGGUCGAGGGAAUAGGCCAGCAGGAAAUAAUUAUUCCAGCAGAUUUACCCCUGGUGCUGGAGCUCGGGGCUACUCUGAGGGAAUGGGCACAGAUAUGGCACAAGCUGUUCGUGGCGAACAAAACAACCCUGUUCAGGAGCGUUCAGCAGAUGGCCUACAGCCUCAUCGAAUAUCGAUCUCAGAUAGUGUCGGGAACGCUGCCUAAGGAUGACCUUGUGGAGCUCAAAAAGAAAGUCACAGCAAAGAUUGAUUAUGGAAACCGGAUUCUGGGGUUGGAUCUGGUGGUGCGAGAUGAAGCAGGAAACACGCUGGAUCCUGACAGGACCAGUACGGUCAGCCUGUUCCGGGCGCACGAGACUGCUUCCCGCAGUGUGGAUGACAGGAUACAAGAAGAGAAGACGCGGCUACAAAACCUGGAAAUGAGGCGUCAGACCCUGUUCAGUACAGUGCACACCUACAGUCUGCUCAUGAACCUCAAGAACUUUGUGUGCAACAUCGGAGAAGAUGCUGAGCUGCUCAUGUCUCUGUAUGACCCCGACCAGUCUGAAUUCAUCAGCGAGAACUUCCUGGUGCGUUGGGACAGUAUGGGGAUGCCUAAAGAAAUUGAAAAACUCAACAACCUGCCAGCACUAUUCACGGACCUGAGCAGCAGCGACCUGAUGAGGCAGCGGCUCUUCCUGGUGUGUCAGAUCAUCAGAGUGGGCAGCAUGGAGCUCAAAGAGGGCAAGAAACACACCGGAGGACUGAGGAGGCCGUUUGGCGUGGCCGUGAUGGACAUUACAGACGUCGCCCAUGGCAAGACAGACGAUGAGGACAAACAGCACUUCAUCCCUUUUCAGCAGAUAGCUAUGGAGACCUACAUCCGUCAGAGGCAGCUCAUCAUGUCUCCGCUCAUCCCGUCUCGAGUCAUAGGAGAAAACGAGCCGCUCACUGCUGUCUUCAACAAAGUCAUUGCCACGCGGGAGGUCAAUCACAAAGGCCAGGGGCUGUUUGUGACCCUAAAGCUCCUCCCGGGGGAUCUCGCCCAAGUCAGGAAGGACUACCCCCACUUUGUGGACCGCAGCACUGCUAUCGUCAGGAAAAUGGGCUUUCCAGAAAUCAUCCUCCCAGGAAACGUGAGGAAUGAUAUUUACGUGACCUUGCUGCAGGGGGAGUUUGACCGCGGUAAAAAGAAGACCCCGAAAAAUGUAGAGGUCAUACUGAGUGUGCAUGAUGAUGAAGGCAAUCCCGUGGAGAAAGCGAUAUUUCCUGGAGCGGGUUAUGAUGGUAUCACAGAGUACAAGUCUGUAAUUUACUACCAGGUGAAGCAGCCUUGUUGGAAUGAAACAGUCAAGGUGACAAUUCCCAUUGAAGACGUGUGCCGCUGUCACCUGAGGGUGAUGUUUCGGCACCGAUCCUCCCAGGACUCUAGGGACAAAUCGGAGAAGCCCUUCGGUAUGGCCUUCGUCCGGCUCAUGAGAGGAGACGGGACCACGCUGGCUGACGGCAGGCACGAACUUAUCGUCUAUAAGGUUGAUGUGAAAAAGGCAGAGGAUGCAAAGGUUUAUCUCACCUUGCCAGCGACUUGGACUGAAGUGGAGGAGAAGGAGAAGCAAAUGGGGAAGCAGUUCCACCAUUCGGGAGUGAUUCCUGUGACCAAAGACAGCUUCCAGAUCGCCACGCUCACCUGUUCCACCAAACUCACUCAGAAGGUGGAUUUACUAGGGCUGUUGAACUGGAGGUCCAACCCGGAAGACCUGGACCAGAUUCUGAAGAGGCUGAUGGAGGUUGAGGGAAGCGAGAUUGUCAAAUUUCUCCAGGACACUCUUGAUGCCCUGUUCAACAUCAUGAUGGAGACCUCAGAAAAGGACACCUAUGAUACCCUGGUGUUCGAUGCCUUGGUUAGUCUGUUUCCAGGGCAUAGUGCCAAUGGGUGGAAGCUAACCAGGGUCCCAACUACUACGAUGGGCCACGUGGAAGAGCCCGUCCCUGGACCGAAGAGGCUCUACAUCGGCACUCAAAGCUCUCCAAUCUUUCUGUGCUCCACAGAUUGUCGGGACGUGCUUCUGCCACUUGUUACCGACCAGCUGAGCGGGCAGCUGGACGACCACUCGAGUAAACCCGAUCACGAGGGCUGCGCCCAGCUGCUCAGCACGGUGUUGGACAACCUGGACCGCAAGGACGUGGGUCCAACCAGAGGCCACGUUCAGCUGAUAAUGGAGCGGCUUCUUCGCAGGGUUAAUCGCACUGUCAUCAGCAUGGACAGAUCCUCCCCUCUCAUUGGCCACUAUCUUGCCUGCAUGACGGCCAUCCUGAAGCAAAUGGAUGACAUGCAUUACGCCCACUACAUCAGCACCUUCAAGACCAGACAGGAUAUCAUUGACUUCCUCAUGGAGACAUUCAUCAUGUUCAAGGACCUCAUGGGAAACGUCUUCCCCGCCGACUGGAUGAUCAUGAACCUGGUGCAGAUGCAGGUCUUCCUGAGGGCCAUAAACCAGUACUCGGACGUCCUCAACAUGUACUUCCUGGACCAGGCACAUUUUGAACUGCAGCUGUGGAAUAACUACUUUCAUUUGACUGUGGCGUUCCUCACCCACACGACACUGCAGCUGGAGUCCUUCUCUCAAGAGAAACGAAACAAGAUACUGAACAAAUACGGGGACAUGAGGAAGAAUAUUGGAUUUAAGAUCAGAGAUAUGUGGUACAAUCUCGGCCCCCACAAAAUGAAGUUCAUCCCAGCCAUGGUCGGGCCCAUUCUGGAGGUCACUCUGGUGCCCGAGCCCGAACUCAGGAAAGCUACCAUCCCUAUCUUCUUUGAUAUGAUGCAGUGUGAGCACAACUUCAACCCUGGACGCACGUUUGAAACGUUUGAGAAUGAACUGAUAACAAAGUUGGAUCAAGAGGUAGAAGGAGGCCGAGGGGAUCAGCAGUACAAAGUCCUGCUGGAGAAAACGUUACUGGAGCACUGCAGACGCCACAGAUACCUGUCACAGUCAGGAGAGGAGCUGGCUCUGCUGCUGAGCAGCCUGCUGGAGAAUCUCCUGGCGUACCGCACCAUCACACACGACGAGAGCCCCGAGCACCGCAUGAGCUGCACCGUCAACGUGCUGAAUUUCUACAAAGAAAAGAAGAGGGAGGAUAUUUACAUCCGGUACUUGUACAAGCUGCGAGAUUUGCACCUGGAUUGUGAGAACUACACAGAGGCGGCCUACACUCUGCUGCUACAUGCUGAAUUACUUGAGUGGUCUGACAAAACCUGCGCACCUCAUCUGAUACCCAGAGACGGGGAGCACGUCUGGACCCAGCAGGAGCUUAAAGAGAGGCUCUUCCAGGAGAUCAUAUGCUAUUUGGACAAGGGCAAGAUGUGGGAGAAGGCUAUCGAGCUGGGCAAGCAGCUGGCCAAGAUGCACGAGAGCCACAUGUUUGACUUCAUGGAGCUGAGCGAGCUGCUGAAAAAACAAGCCAACUUCUAUGAAAAUAUCAUGCAUGCGAUGCGGCCACAGCCAGAGUACUUCGCUGUCGGAUAUUAUGGCCUUGGAUUCCCUUCUUUCCUCCGGAACAAGAUGUUCAUAUACCGAGGGAAGGAGUACGAGUGGCUGGAAGACUUCAGCUUAAAACUGCUCUCUCAGUUCCCCAAUGCAACGCGGAUGACCAGCACAGCGCCCCCUGGAGACAACAUCAGCAACUCAUCUGGACAGCACAUCCAGUGCUUUACUGUCAAGCCUGUUCUCACCGUGCCGCCCCAGUUUAAAGACAAGGGGGUUCCAGAGCAGAUAUUAAACUAUUACAGAACCAAUGAAGUGGACCAGUUCCAGUAUUCCAGGCCCUUCAGGAAAGGUGAAAAGGACCCAGACAAUGAAUUUGCAACCAUGUGGAUCGAGAGAACAACUUACAUUACCGCCUAUCGCUUCCCAGGGAUUCUGAAAUGGUUUGAAGUAAAAUCGGUCUCUGUGGAGGAGAUCAGUCCUUUGGAGAACGCUGUGGAGACAAUGGAGAUGGCCAAUGAAAAGCUGAGUAACCUCGUGCAGCAGCAGGCCUGUGAUCGCUCGCUGUCCAUCAACCCACUGUCCAUGAUGCUCAGCGGCAUUGUUGACCCUGCUGUCAUGGGCGGCUUCUCCAACUAUGAGAAGGCUUUCUUUACCGACACCUACAUCCAAGAGCACCCAGAGGACCACGAGUGCAUUGAGGUCCUCAAACACCUCAUCGCCCUGCAGAUCCCUCUCCUGGCAGAUGGGAUCCGCCUCCACGGGGAGAAGACGACGGAGCAGCUGAAGCCCUUGCACAACCGUCUGGUUACUUGCUUCCAGGACCUUCGGGAGAAAGUGGAGAAGCAUUAUGGCGUCAUAACCUUGCCCUGCUCUCUCACCGAGAGGAAGAAGACUCGUGUGGGCUCGAUGGUGAUGCCCUACAUCCUGUCCUCCACCCUGCGUCGCAUGUCCACUGUCUCCACCCUCUCCAACGCCUCCUCCGGCCUCUCCAGCGGCUCCGCAUCCUCAGAUGGACCCUCCUGCAUUUCCUCCCAAGAUUCCUUGUUGUCCCGCCCCAGCGAUCGCAGGACCUCGGUUUUAUCCCGCUCGGAGGAGGACAACAGGAUUGCUAGAAAGAACAGGAAGGAGUGGAGUGUGAGCAAAUCCCAGGUGCUGCUGGAGAGGCAGUCGGACGCAGACGAGACUCCUCCAGAGAAGCAGCAGAGGCCCAAGAGUUUACAAUUCGGGGACCGACGGCUCACCCUCUCCCUGUUCCAGGGUGUUUCAUCCCAGCUCAGCCUGUCUAACCCUCUCAGCCCGCUACCUGCCUCUCCACACACACCACGCACACCACGCAGCUCCAGUUAUUCAUCGCUUCUCAGUGACAAUGAUGUCAAUACCAUUGAUACCCCAGGGACCCCCCCACCCAUGCCUCCGAAGAAACACCCGCACGAGAUUGACAACCCCGGGUUCCCUUCAGAGUUCACUCCGCCGCUGCCAAUGAAAAUUGAGAGCAAGCCUCCGCCCCCACCUCCGAAAACACGGAAGUCAAUGUUCCCGUCAUAGAGCACACACCUCAAUAAGGCCCUUAAGUUUCCCCCACUUUUUUGCUUUGCCUGCACAGUUUCAUUUGUGGCGCCGUGGAUGCGGAUCUUCGUGGGACAUGUGCCAAAUGUUCAAAUAUCUUUCUGAUGCCAGUCACUAAUAAUUCCGAGCAGUCCUUUGUUCUCAAGCUUUAGCUGUUGCUUUGUAUUUAAGCCUGGAGAAGAAUAUGUUAGGGGGUUAUUGUCGGAAGAGGGUACUACUGUGCAGAAAUGGAUAUAUGAUUUUUGGGUACAUGAGGUCACUACAACCCUGGAUUCAGUGUGCUUUUUAAGAGGUAAUGAAACAGUGAUUAGAUGCUUCUUUUUUUCGGUAUGUUGUACAGACUUUAUCACUCGCAGGGAAAAGGAAUGACCAAUGCUGCAAUGUAAUAUUUCACUUUUAUGUGUUGGAGUGACACUGGAUGAUUUUCCCCCUUUAGCUGCAUUCCAUAUGGGAAAAAGCUGCAUUAGAACUUGAUCAAGAGCAGGGAAUACAAUGUACAGAAUGUAUCUGAAUAUUUUGUGUCCGAUGAUGGUGUUCAGUAAUGUUAUGAUCAAACCCGUUUUCGUAAAAACCACACUGGAUGGCAUUAAUGAAUGUGCAGCAGAUUAUGCAUUUGUUGUGAUGUUUUGAUGUAUGAACUGAAUACUGUAACUGGUUCUUCCAGACUGCAUCACGUUGAUGUUCAGUGGAAGUAAGUUUGACAUUUUGGGGAAAAUACACUGUCUUGCAGAGACUCAGAUGUGAAGAUUUAUACCGCUCUCAUGUCUGUAAUGGAAAAUAUGUAGCUGGAGUAAGAGGUCGGUUAGCUUAGCCCAUGAAUGACAGUUUUCCUUCAACUAAAACACAUCGCUUUGCUUACUUAUAUUAAACCGUAACCCAUGUAUAGUGACCGCAGAUUGCACCUGAUGGUCGGUGUAGCUCACUGCCAUCAGUGUGUUGACGUGAAAAGAUGAAUGAGCAGCGAAAACCUUGUAAAACACAGCGACAAAAAAUACAAGUUCUUAAAUAUAUUACAGAGAUAAUCAGUCAUUUACUGGUUAAAUCGCAGUCCGAUGUUUCAGUAUCCCUAGCAGGAAAGUCAUAGUCAUCGAGUGGAUCCCCUGGUUGAGUACUUUAGCUUCUUAAGCUUUAAAUGUGCCAUCACACCUCCAGCCGAACCGAAAUACCAAACCAAAUACUUCUUUAGGGACCGCACCAAAGACUGCUAUUACAGAGUCAGGGCUGAUUUCCUUGUCACAAAUAUAAGAAAAUGUCUCAAAAAUAGAUGACCAUAGUUGUAAUAAUCAGAACAUAUGAUAAAGGGCGGCUGGAGCUUGAUGGAUCUACGCCUGGAUACAUCCUGGCAAGCCUGUAGGGCUGCACAGUUCAUCAAAUAUUAUCAAAAUUGCAAUAUGACCCAGUGCGAUAUUCAAAUCGCAGGUAAAUUGUGUGAAACAGCAUUAUAAUGAAUUAUUGUAGUGCUGCAGAUAUGCCCUGACCUACAAAUCUUGUUCUCCAUGAUGUAAGAAAACCCAGAGAUGGACAUAAAUAUAGGUUGAAUGUAUUCUCUGCCAACUGCCAGGAGUGCUGCUGUUACCUUCACACAGAGCCAGGCUAGCGGUUUCCCCCUGUUUACAGUCUUUAUGCUAAGCUAAGCUAAUCUCCAGCUACCUAUGGACAGAGGGGAGAGUGGUAUCAAUCUUCUCAUAUAACUGUCAGCGAGAAAGUAAAUAAGCGCACCUCCCAGAAAUUCAAACUGGUCCUUUAAAGAACCCUAAACGCUGUACGGUACAAGCAUAAAUACCUUUUGAAGUUCACUUUAGUUUUCUAUUUCAGGUGUUGGUAGUUUUUCUUUUAUAUCGGUUCAUAAUGGAGAUUUAAAUUAUUGUUAUUCAUUGAAUUUUGAUUCGUGUGCGUAUAGUGACGGUUUAUUUUUACGCAGCAUAAAUUCUAAUAAAUUUCAAUUUACUGCUUUAGCUGUUAAUUUUUUUUCAAAAGAAGCAACACAGUUUCUGUGCCUUAAGAAUCCAGAAUCUAUACAUGUAAGUUGUUUUUAAAUGGAUCAGAGUUGAUUGAUAUUGAUAAUUGAGGGUCAGUAUUUUAGUUUUAUUUCUAGAUUUUAAAUUGUUUUACAAGGGAUUGAUUUCUUUUUUUGUACGAUACACAUUUCCUAACAAGCAUCAAAGAAAUUUUAUACAAACAUUGCCUCAAGAGAUAUAUAUAAUGAUUUUUUUAUGAACAAGCUGUUGUUGACUGAACAAAAAUAAAGACUUAUUGAAAGAACA